GACUGUACUGUGAGGUAUUUAUGUAGACGUAUUUAUUUACAUGAAUACAUAAGUAGAGAACAGUAUCUCUCCCUUUUAUUGAGUGUGUCGGCUCCCUUUCUCGGUGACUCGCUAUCACGCUCGCGCUUCGUCAGCCCCUCGCCGACUGCUCGUCGACAAGACUUUUUUUGCCGCGCCACCACCGCGACGCCCACGAAUAUACGCCGUUCACCCUCCUUCGAACUCGGACGCUAGCUUCAUAGUCGACUGUGAGAAAUACACGAGGAUAGACAUGCAAUCCAAAUUUACACAAGUUCUUCUCAGUUUUGUGCUUGUGUUUACACUUGCCGUUUAUUCAGGAGAAGCCAUAAAAUGCUACGAAUGCAUAGCCGUAGGUUCGGGAACUGACGAGUGUAAUGGUGACAUUGUAGCUAAAUCUGAUGACAAAAACUACGUCGUCGACUGCGAUUUAUCAACGAUGAAAGCGUUUGAGUCAAAACUACAAAGUAAUCCAACUAUGACUGACAUUUCAAAUCUUUUUGCGGAAAAAGCUAAAAAAGAUUAUCGGAGUAGUGCGUCGGUAUUAUCAUGUGACAUUUGCGAAGGUGAUAAAUGCAACGGCUCUGGUACCCAGUCAUCAGCGUUGAUAGUGACGUUUAUUUCUGUCUUGGGCACACUUUCCAUGGGCCUUUCCUACCUAAUAGCGUAA